CGAGGUUGCCAGUUUGGUGGCGUGUUCAUCGUGGCCUGAUAGGAGGAUGGCCGCCUCGCAAACCUGGCAACAGUGACUAUGCGCUGGAUACAGCAGACAGUAUGGCGGACAGCGAAAGUGAUUUGGAGACAGACGGGCUCGAAGUGGCUCUGGACUCUCUGUGUAACAGACACUGCAGCGAUGGAUCGUCUCUGAGGAGCAAGAGCUACUGCUCUGAGUUUUGUGAGUUGGUUGAGGAGUACACGGGACAAUGGCAAGUUCCUCUUCCUCAGUUAAAGGUGCUGUGGACUGCACUGAGCAGUUUCACCAAAGCCACUGCUGCCUUCCCCGACGACUGUCAGCACGUCCACUAUGUUCUCAGCAGUCUGGCCUUGAGCUUCUUUGAACUGAUGCUGUUCUUUAGCAAAGAAGAAUUUGUGGAAAAGCCUUUAAAAGACAUCCUCGAUUCCUUUCAGGCAUGCCACUCUCAGCUCCUGCGGCACAGGAACGUCUACCUUCAGCAUGUGAAGCAGAUCAUCAAAGCAGGAGGCCCAUGGGAGAAUCCAGUCCUGCAGGGAAUCCUAAAGGAGGCAGACUUGCCUCCAAAGGAAGUUGAGGACUACUUAAGCUCGGAGUUGCCAGUAUUCUUUGAGCUGCGGGUUCGCUAUCUGCAGGCCUGUGAACGAAUUCAAGAGGCGAAAGCCCUGGCAAAAAGCUGCCUGGAGAAUCGUGAGGCUGGAAAGCAUCUGUACUUCCAUCAAGCCUACCUGACCUGCCUUUAUAAAGCAUCACUACAUGAACACCUCCACAAGGAGAUGGCAGAGAUAGAUGGCCGUGAUGCAGUAGAGAUAAUCUGCAACACAGAGAGUGUUGAAAAAGAUGAACUUCUGCUGUCACUGUGUAAAUCUUUUCUCACACAGCAACUACACAAUGGAGACAUGUACUACAUCUGGGACCUGGUGUUCAUCUGGAGCAGGUUGCAUCUCAGGGCCCAUCCUUCCAGAGAAGGCUUCUUGGCUGAGUGCUUGCAGUUGGCUUCCUCUGCUACUAACGUCAGAGCCAUCUUCCCCUUUAUCAAACUGGUCACUACAGAGCUGGGAGGUGAAGGAGUCCAUGUCUGUUUGGAGCUCUGUGCCAGGUCCUUGCAGCUGUGUGACAUGCAGGCUGACAGUGUGACUCGGUCCCUGGUCUGCAAGACCAUCGCCUUCCUGCUGCCCCAUGACUUGGAGAUCUGUCGUGCAUGUGCCCUGCUGGUCUUCUGUCAGGAACGCAGCCUGGAGGCUUACCGAACUGUCUGCUUGCUUUACAUGCAUCCCGAUCAAGAGCCACAUCCCCACAACAGCCCAGUCCGGACCAGUGUUCGCUUCCACAUUCUGCAGAUGCUCAAAGAGCGCCUGUGUUUUGACCCAGAGUUUUGGAACCUCCUGACCCUCAGGACCCAUUGCUUGGAGUUGAUGAGUGACAAAGUGAUGAAAGAUGCGGUUCUCAAUGAGAUGAAGGAGGAAGAGGAGAAGGAAUACAGUGAAGAGCAGUUAAUAAAUAACUGUGUAAAUGACUCAUGCACUCAAGGUUUCAAUUCCUGCCAGUGCACUGGAGCCGUUGUGAACAAAGACCUUCCAGAAGAGCAGACCAUGGAUGGAGAGACAGAUAAGCCUGUUGCCCCAUCCAGUAAUGCUCUUCUGAAGACAAGAACAUGGAGGAGAGGAUUGCGAAGGAGAAAACAAUCCAAGUCUAACGACGACGUGGAAUUUGGUGAUGAUCCGGAGAUCAAAUACAAUCUCAAAUCCACCUCUGCAGGCAAUAAGCCUGUGUAUUCACUAAGACGCAAUCACACUAACAUGGAACAUGCUGCUGCUGUAAAACUCCCUCUAAACCGCAAGAGAGAAUACUUGUCUCGAUGUGUGAAAAGCCAAAUUUUGAAAAGGAAAGGUCGAAAGAAAAGAUGGUUGCAGGGUCUCCCAAGGGUGGAGCAAGUGCAGACAAUUAAAGAGAAAGUCAAAGUUAAAGGGAAAAAACGGGGACGAAAGCCUUUACCGAAAGUGGAACUCUCCUACCCCGAUAAUGAAAUAUCUCUUCCAGAGGAGGAGUCUGGCUUUGAGGAGAUAACUGACACAGACGACAGAGAACUGGAUAUGCCUUUCCUGGAGAAUGAACUUGAACUAAGCAAACAGAAGGAGAACCAACUUGAGCAGAUGAAUGACCUUAAGAAGGAAAAUGGAUUUGAGAAACACAUUGACUUGUUCUGUGGCAGCAGUGAACAAACCCAAGAGGAAUUUGGUCCCGAGCUUUGUGAAGGUUCUCCUAGUGAGCCUCAAGCUCCUGUUCUUGUUGCUGAAACUGACCCUGAGCUCGAUGGUCCGCCCUUGGAGUUGUUGGACUGUCCUAUAGAAAUGUUACAUAGCUACUCGCUUAAAUCCAAAAAGCCUGACAGUGAGAAACCGGAACCUCUUGAAUCCUCUGCAUCAGAUGGGCUUAAUGGCGACACAAAACAAGAGCCCCAACCAACAGUGGAAACCGAAGUGUCAAACACAGAGGUAAUGGCCAAGAGAACGUGGAGGGACAGAGUACUCCGUACUCAACAAUAUGCUCACCUGAUGUACCACUGCAACUUCUGCCGCAAAGACUACAAAGGCUUGAAUGUUAUGAGGCAUGCGCUCUCACACCUUAAGAGCAGGAAACUAAGAUGUAUACUCUGUGGAAAACGCUUUAAACUGCUUCUGUUUGCCAAAAAGCACAUUCUGGAUCACAUUGAUGAAAUGUGCAAGCAGAAACCUCCUCAUAAGGUGCCGUGCACUAUUGAUAUGCCAGCUGCUAAUGGAGUAGUAGAUAAUGUGGGAAAUCGGAGUCAGUCUCAGAAUGAAAAUCGGACUUCCAUAAAUGAUGAGGAAACUCCUGAACAGAAAUCCAGAAGCAAACCUAAAGUGUCGAUCCUCAAGAGGGAAGAUCGAAUCAUCAGGAACCUCCGCACCCUCAUCAAAAAGACAUCAGUGCUUCACAAAAAGUGCAAGAACCCUAACGCUAAUAUAUUCAAGCAAGUAGACUUUAAGGAUGAGCAGGUAGUCAUUAAAGAUGGUCUGGUGAUCGUAAAAGAUCCUUCUGUGAUGGAGACUGAGGGAAAAGGAGAGGAGAAGGAGAGGCCACCAGGAGAAAAUGGUUAUGGUGUGAACAUCACGUAUCAUUUGUGCCCUUCGGAGUCCUGCGAUAGAGUAUUCCUCAGGAUCAGCACCACACUAACAAAGCAUGCUAUCAAAUGCCAUAUUAACGAAGAGAAGGUGCUGGAGAAGACUUUUGUUUGGGCCAAACACAAGUGUACUCUGUGCCUCAGGCAGAUACAGUUUCUCCAGCAUUACAAAGACCACAUGAAGCUCCACAAUACUGCUCUCCAGCACUUCUGCUACCAUCUGGAGUGUAAGCAGCGCUUCUUGACACAGCAGGAAUUAAAGGAUCAUAUCAGUACACACCAGCCCUUCAGACCUCAAUGUCCAUUCACAGACUGUGAGAAGCUAUUCUGUAGCCUUCAAGGUCUCUAUGACCAUGAAUGGAGACACUACAACCCGGUCCCUCAAAGAGACGAACUCGAGUUGGGACCCAACAGACAGAAGAAGCAAAAUGCUGAAGCUCCGUGGAAGCAGAGAGUGAAAGUUGAGGAGAUAUGGCUGCAGAGUAAAAAGGGACAGAGGGAGAGUCCCACCAUUGAUCAAACUGAGGCCUCUAAUGACAAUUUCAACAACAAAAAGGAAGCUGAGCCUUGGCAACCAAGCGUCUCAGACAGCAGUCAAGACCUGUCCAAAUCUGAUAAUUGUUCAGUGGAAACCAUCAAGCAUGAAUCCAUGGAUGACAGCAAAACCGCCAUCAAUGGAUUUAAGGAUGACACAGUGUCAGAGGGACAGCUCUUUUCCACUUCUCAUACUGGUGCUACCGCAGCAACUCCAAUUAAGAAAGGUCGAAAAAAGAUGCCCUCCGAGUGGGACCCCUUGAAUGUCCGAGACCUUGAGGAUUUGUCCACUUUAUCUGAGGGAGUCCAGCAGAAACUGGGAGAGCCACACAUCACAGAGCACAAAACCUUCAAACCUGAAGAUCCUUCCUAUGCGCCUUUUGUCAAAGCCCCCUUCAUCCGGCCGCCACCCUCCACCUACCUAGACGAAUCUCUGCUCUCGAUGCGGAAGAGGAGGUCCACCAAUGAGGUCACUCCAAGGAAAAAUGUUUACUGGAACAACAAGAAAAAGGAGCCUGUGCCAGAAAAGGAGCAGCAGAAGAACACUGUGUCCCCUGCGCAGAAGAUCAGGUCCCGCUGUGAUAAAUGUCUUUCCUCCUUCAGCUGCUUAGAAGAAUUACAGAAACACCAAGCUCUUAACACCUGCUCUGCACUCUUUGGCUUUGAUUCUGACGAUGAAAGUUAGUUGUGAGUGAAGACAAACUGUAAUUGGAGUGACCAUGGUGCUCUGCCACCCGGCUCAAGAGAAUACUCAAGAUAAAGGAACACUGGAACCCUUUCUUCAUACUCAGAUUAGUUCUUGGAUUUUAUCAGUUCAUCGAAAUGAGUAAUUGAAUUUGUUUUCAUUUUUUAUUUAAUUAAUAGAGCCCUUUUUGAAGCAAUAAUUUUGAAAGCUAAAACUAGUUUUAAACAAGUUUUUUUUUUUCUUCCUGAAAACUCCAUCAUUUGUCACAAAUCUGUGAUAAAUCCAUGUAUUCUUCUAAUCUAUCAUAAUCUUGAGCAAAUCUAAAAGUAAUGCUGAAAAAACAUCUGGGAACUGAGAAACCAAAUAUGGGCUAAGACACCUUGCCUUGAAUAAAAGAAAGGAAAAAAACAAUAAUCAUUCACGUAAGUUACUUACAGCCUUAAAAUGGCUUGUACUCACAGUACUCCUGUGUUUGUAAAGUCAACCCUUUGUUGGACUGACCAUAUUGUGGUAAACACAUGGUGUGUAACUUUCAGGAAAAUAUUGCUCAUCCAUGCAUCUGCAUUUUUCUUUAUUGAAGAAACUACACUUAAACAUUAGAAGUUUUAAAAAGGGCAGAAUACAAAGCAAUGGAGAAAACCUCUUUUUGGCAGACUGCAUCUAUAUUAGCCAUUUACUUACAAAAAUGAAUGACUUGUCUAGAAGCACAUGGUGAUGCAUUCUAUCUAUUUUUGGUUAAAACACAUUUAAUUAGGUCUUUUUACAUCAACUGGAUCGAUUUUAAGUGUCUACUUUUUUAAACACUACAGAGAAAAGUCCAACUGAUUUCAUCUGUAGACAAAAAUAGUUUUUGAAAAAAAAUUUCCAUCAAAGUGCCAAGUCUCUCGCGGUGUUCAAAAUAAUGCCAGAAAUGUUGCAUCAUAAAAUCUUAUCCUAGUUUGUCCUAAGAGUUUGGAUCUGACAUGCAGUAUAUCAUAAGCACUGUUUGCAACUGUAUGAUAUAUUGUGAAAAAUCAUGUGAAUUGGUGAAAAGAUAAGCUCAAUGCACGUUGCCCUCUGUUUAAUCACCGUAGUCUUCCAGCAUACUUUGGUUGAACUGCUGUUUUUGUUGGUAACCUAACUCGUCUUCUGGUCAUGGUAUGACAACAGGAAUAAUUAAUCGAAGCCGUGACCAAAAUGUUUAAACAUGUGAAGCUGCGUUCAUACUGUCACACUAUUAUUCUGUACAGUAUAUGAAUUAUUCACAGUUUUAUUAGUGCCAAGACUAAAUCGCAGUGUUAGACUGUAGGUAAAUAUAUACAUUAAACUCAGUAAUACAGUAUCAGUUUGCUUUGAAUCUCAAGUUUUCAAAGUUUCUCAUGUUUAACUCUAUGCUCAUGUAUUUCAGUAUGUAGAAUAUUUCACAUUGUUAUGUAUAUACUUUUUGAGAUGAUUGGGUCUGUUUAAUAACUUU